UAAAUUUGUUCAAAUUUAAACGAUAGUAUAUAACAAUAUAUAUUAUGUUAAUUUUCAAAAAAUCACAAAAAAUAUUAUAUUAAUAACAAUAAUAAUCACAUUUGACUACAAAUAAUAUUUUUAUGUAAACUAUUGAUACGGAAGUAUUUUCUGGUCUUAAUAUAUCGUAUAUAUAUAUAUAUAUACCGUAAAGGCGUUGUCGGGUUAGAAGAUAAAGUUAAUUUCCAGUUAAUCCUUAACUGUCAUUCAUGUUAUGUGUGCGAGUGGGCCGACAACAUCACAGGUACUGCCGUCACGUAAAGUAGUCACUCGGAGAACAGUUUAUCACCGAUCGGUUUGCGUAGAUCUGAGAGCCGUCCGUUCCGUUCACGCUUUAGAGCACUGUCCAUGUAUUAUUGACCCGAAACUGGUCGGCAAUCUCAAUGGUAAUGACUGCGGAUCAGUUCAUUACGGAUUGUGUUCGCCACUGACUUUACCGCCUGUCGUCAACAUACCAGUGCUGCCGUCGUCGCCGACACAGUCGGCGCACACAUUGACACCAAUUGUGGCCAAAUCGGAGAGUUUCCGCGACAAAAUCCAGGCCGCCAUUGAGCUCCUGGCUGUCGAAGAGGAACCGGCAGAUUUGGAAACAUUGCUCAGAAAUUUUGUGAUUGAAGACCGAAGACGUCAAGAAGCGAGACAGUCAUCGGCCGCCACUCUGGACUCGAAGACCGGCAAAAAGAUUAUCAUUAGAUCCCAUUCCCAGAUAGAUGUGCUAAACAAUUAUCGCAACGAUGUCACAGUUGACGGGUCGACUACAUUACCAAACGAUGGAUUGUCAUCGAGUUUGGUGCGAUCGCGACUCUCCAAGUUUGACACCGACCGGAGCCGAUCAUUGUCUCCAUCGCCGUCCACCAACCGAUCCACACAACGCCAACACUUAACAGGUCCGCCAUCUGUAGAGUCGUUACAGUUGUCAGAGUCGUUGUCGUCAUCGUCUUCAUCGCCAACAUCGCAGUCAUCAUCGGCAGAGAAAGUAAUUUUUGGCAUCAGUCCUAAGUCUAAUUCACUGUCGAGAUAUAAAACGUUGAUAGAGUCUCGUAGGUAUGAGCCGUCCUCCUCUUCCUCAUCAUCGCAAUCAUCAUCGAUAACAACAAGUCCUAUUAAUAGUCAAUUGUUUAGUGAAUUAGAAGACAAUGAGUUGCUGACUACCGGUGCUGACCGUCAGCAACAACGACAUCAAACAAUACACGUGAGACCAUAUAUGAGAGAUAGUAAUAAUACACCUGUUGGUGGUGUUGUCACCAAAAUAGAUGGCUUAUUGUCAGCGCAAUCGCCAACAAAUGUAUCGUUCGUAUCGGUGCCAGAAAGAGAACCGACUUCUGCGCGAACGCCAAGUGUUGUUGACUCUAAAAGUAAGUCAAACUCAGGACAGAUCACCGCAUCUUAUUCUUUAUCAUCAUAUGAACCGCAAACUGUAUCGCAAGCAUCAGUCGUCGCAUCCAAUGUUCAAAUGUCGCCCUCACCGGUCAAAAGUGUGUCAACCAGUGCUAAGAAGACACCGACUACAGGCAAACUAUUGAACACAACUGACUCACGUAAUGGUAAAAAUGGUGUCAAAGCGCGACCACUGUCGGCACCCGAACCCACUUUAGAGGAUAUAUUUGUUCAGCAGUUGACUGACGACGAAAAGGCUAUAUUACAGAAAAACUCGCGGAUCAGUGGUGCCAAAGAUGGACAAUUAGUUAUGGAUAAUAAUAAUACUAUAAAUGAUAAGUUGUCGGUCGGCCUAAAUGGGAACGGUCUUAAAUCUAAACCGGUCAUCGAUAAACCCAAACCUAGAAUCAUAACGUUGUCCAAACCGUUGCCAAAACCGGAACCCAAAGCUCCAGAACCUAAAUGUGUAAACGGAAAGCUAGUAUUCGGACAAAUACCUGUUAAGCCUGUACUUAGUAAAGGAUCGGUAGCCGAGAGAGUGUUAUUGUUUGAAAAGUGUCCGGAAAAGACAUCUGUGACCAAAGUUAAGGUGUCGGACAAAACACGUGAAAAGAUAACUUACAAUAAAGUGGGACAAUGGAUGAAACUCAAUGAUAAUAAUAAUAAUAAUAAUAAUACAAAUAAUAAUAAUAUUACUAAUAAGCAGAAUGAUAUAAUUGGGCGACGAUUUUCCCGAAGUAACUCAUUGACGUCCACACCUGCGGGACAGUUGCCUAAGUUUUACUAUCCGGUGGGUCGACCCUAUUCAUCACACGAAGUGGAAACACAGAUACGUAAAAUAACUUCAGUUUUUGAUCGAUUUCCCACCAGAAUAGUGGGCCGUAAAGAAUUGGCGGCAAUACUCAAAUUAGUAGGUCUACCCCUCUAUUGGAAAGAACCAGUGUUUCGGGCCGUUAAUAAAGCGGCCAAUACUAACGGUAAUAAAAAUAUCAAUAAUAAUAAUAAUAAUAAUGGAAACGGAAAGAAGGAAUUAAUUACUUGCGAAGCAUUCGUCGACUAUUGGAAAAAACUGAUCUCAACGUGUUAUGAUAAUACGUCACGAUUUUUUAAGAUUAUGACCGGCGGUCAGCGUAACUACUUAUUGCCCGAAGAUUUUGUGCCAAUGCUUCAGGACGUGAUCGACACACAUCCCGGUCUGGCAUUUCUCAAGGAAGCUGAAGAGUUUCAUUCGCGAUACGUACAUACAGUUAUAGCCCGAAUCUACUAUUGUGUUAAUAAGUCGUGGACGGGAAGGAUAACACUACCGGAGCUCAAAAAGUCAAACUUCAUACAAGUCUUGUCAUUGUUGGAAGAGGAAGACGAUAUCAAUCAGAUAACGGAUUAUUUUUCUUACGAACACUUUUAUGUGAUUUAUUGCAAGUUUUGGGAACUGGACAAAGACCACGAUCUGUUCAUCAGUAAAACAGAUCUCAGUCGACACAAUGAUUCCGCGAUAUCGUCGCGAAUGAUUGACCGCAUAUUCUCGGGUGCCGUCACUCGAGGCGAUACUCGAAAAGACGGUUUGCUAUCAUAUUCUGAGUUCGUCUGGUUUUUGUUGUCCGAAGAAGACAAACGCCAUCCGAGGUCUAUAGAGUAUUGGUUCCGAUGUAUGGAUUUGGAUGGAGACGGAUAUCUAUCGAUGUAUGAAUUGGAGUACUUCUAUAGUGAACAAACCAAACGAAUGGAAGCCAUUGGUAUCGAAGCGCUUCCGUUCAACGAUUGUUUGUGUCAGAUGUUAGAUCUGGUCCGACCUAAACAUUGCGGACAAAUCUCAUUAUCCGAUCUGAAGAGGUGUCGUCUGACGCCAAUCUUUUUCGAUACUUUCUUCAAUUUAGAGAAAUACUUAGACCACGAACAGAGAGAUCCGUUUGCCUCGAGUCGCGAUGAGGACGGACUAACAAUGUCUGAUUGGGAUCGGUUUGCGGCCGAAGAGUAUGAACUGUUGGUCGCCGAAGAAAGUGUUCAGCAAACGAAUCAAAAUUUAUUGGACUUUACCGGUGAAACGGUUAUCACUGGUGACUAUACUACACGCGGCGGUAAUAGUGGUUCGCGAUAUACAUCACAGCCACCCGAUUACGAGUCGGACUAUUGCGACCCACAGGAUGACAGUGAUCUUGUUUGACAAAACACAUACA